AUGGUUAAGAUCAUCUUCUACGAAGACAAGAACUUUCAGGGCCGCUCCUAUGAGUGCAACUCGGAUUCUUCAGACCUGAGCUCAUAUUUUAGCCGCUGCAACUCUAUCCGGGUAGAAAAUGGCAACUGGAUUCUUUAUGAACAGCCAAAUUACAGGGGACACCAGUACUAUCUCAGGAGAGGAGAAUAUCCUGAUUUCCAGCAAUGGAUGGGUUACAAUGACUCCAUCAGAUCCUGCCGUCUGACCCCACAACACCGUGGCCCAUUUAGAAUUAGGAUCUAUGAGAGAGAAGACUUUAAAGGUCAGAUGAUGGAGUUCACUGAAGAUUGUCCUCAAGUCUAUGAGCAAUUCCGUUACCAUGACAUCAACUCCUGCAAUGUGUUUGAUGGUCACUGGAUCAUCUUCUACGAAGACAAGAACUUUCAGGGCCGCUCCUAUGAGUGCAACUCGGAUUCUUCAGACCUGAGCUCAUAUUUUAGCCGCUGCAACUCUAUCCGGGUAGAAAAUGGCAACUGGAUUCUUUAUGAACAGCCAAAUUACAGGGGACACCAGUACUAUCUCAGGAGAGGAGAAUAUCCUGAUUUCCAGCAAUGGAUGGGUUACAAUGACUCCAUCAGAUCCUGCCGUCUGACUCCACAACACCGUGGCCCAUUUAGAAUUAGGAUCUAUGAGAGAGAAGACUUUAAAGGUCAGAUGAUGGAGUUCACUGAAGAUUGUCCUCAUGUCUAUGAGCAAUUCCGUUACCAUGACAUCCACUCCUGCAAUGUGUUUGAUGGUCACUGGGUGUUCUAUGAAGAGCCUAACUACAGGGGGCGCCAGUACUACCUGAGACCCGAAGAGUACAGAAGAUACACUGAUUGGGGAGCUAUGAAUCCUAGAAUUGGUUCCUUCAGACGAGUCAUGUUUCAUUAA